GCAGGAAUACUUGCAAAACGCCCCUUGUUUCCCUUAGGGCGAAUCGUCCUUCCCCUCUUCUCGCCCUCGCCCUCCCCCUCGCCCUCGCCCUCGACCUCGACCUCGACCUCACCCUUCAAGAAGUCUUCUCGGAAGGGAUUGCUACGAUGACGAGUUCGUGGUUCCGCGCACUGACGCAUAUCUCGCCCUACACCUUCGCCUCCAUCGGCAUCGCCAUCUCCAUCGGCGUUUCCGUCCUCGGUGCUGCCUGGGGGAUUUAUAUUACCGGGAGCAGCUUGAUCGGCGCAGCGAUCAAGGCCCCCAGAAUUACAUCGAAAAAUCUUAUCAGUGUUAUCUUCUGCGAAGCUGUCGCUAUAUAUGGUGUCAUUGUUGCCAUCAUUUUGCAAACCAAACUGGAAAGUGUUCCUACAUCAAAAAUAUAUGAUCCUGAAUCUCUUCGAGCUGGAUAUGCUAUAUUUGCCUCUGGGAUUAUUGUGGGUUUCGCUAAUCUCAUGUGCGGCCUCUGCGUAGGAAUUAUUGGGAGCAGCUGUGCUUUAUCUGAUGCUCAGAACUCCACGCUUUUCGUAAAGAUUCUGGUGAUUGAAAUAUUUGGAAGCGCGCUCGGUUUAUUUGGCGUGAUCGUUGGUAUAAUCAUGUCAGCCCAAGCGACAUGGCCAGCUAAGACAGCAUGAGCUAUUCCUUCUCCAUUGAGCUUGUGGUUGUAUCAUCUGGAAUCAUAAUAAUCACCAAAUCAACUGUUAUUGUAGUUGCUGCCAAGUUUAAUUCGAGAUUCUGCAUUUUGUGCAGUGGCGUCUCGACUCUGAGGUUUUCUUUUUCCUCCUAUCUUUGAAGCCAAAUAAUUAUGUUCAUGGCUGACUCGACAACUGGUUGACUUUACCACCGGUGUGUAAGAAUCUACCGUAAGAACUAUUCAUGAACUCAAAAAUUCUACGAAUUUCUUGUAAAUUAUUCUAUCUGCUGUGCAUUUUGGAGCAGACUCGUUGAAAUGAUAGAUGAGUUAUUUCCGUAUCACUAUGUAAUAGCACCGUAUGGAAACAAUGGUCAUCAUUUGUAUUUAUCCAAAAAUACUUUUAUAUUUUUAUCUAUGAAAAAUAUUUUAGUUCUGUA